UUCUGUGUUUCUAUCCUUCCCCGUGGGCGUCCAGAAAAACAAAUUUGCAAAUUGUUCCUAGACAGCUCGACGAGGCCGCAACGUCGCCCUGCCCAUCUGGCAACCCCGGGACUUUGCGCAACACCACUUGUCGGCUAUGUCUGGGGCGCAAUAUGGGGAGCGUGGGGGAGGCCUGCGCGCCUCUGCCCUCUCCGACGUCUUUGACGCACCCGCUAUUGGGGCACAUACUGAUCGACGGCCCUUUCCUACAUCAUCUUCUCCCAAGCACGUUCGGUUCCCUCCACCAGCUUGCCUCGAUAGCUCGUCUGGAUCCAACUCGACUGUCCAGUCCCUCAGCUCGACUACCACGCUGGACAGCAAACUGGAUCACUCACUUGUACCCGCCGCUGCUCGCAUGGGCAUGCUCGAAGACUCGAUAUUUCCCUCACUCAAGAACGAUGCCAGCGACCCCAGCCUAGACAGCCCUGAGGAGAUGCAGAGGAACGACCCGCUUGCCACCCGGAUAUGGAAGCUAUAUUCUAAAGUUAAGACGCAGCUCCCCAACGCGGAGCGCAUGGAAAAUUUGACCUGGAGAAUGAUGGCAAUGAGCAUGCGGCGCGCCGAACUCAACAAAGGACUGCUCCAAAAGAACAUCACUUUUUCUCCCGAACCGAACACCGAGACUGAAACCUCGACGGCCGCACCCAGGACUGCGCCGAGCGGGAUCGCACAAUUGCGGAAAUCAAUCGACCAGCAAGGACAGGCACAACACGCAGACGCGAUGAAUUUGGACGACUUUAUACUUCCCUCGUCUGUCGCAAGUCCUGCAGGACUGUCGCCGGAUCCGUCGAAUGAAAUGAAAAGCCCCUCUAAUGCAACCGCCCCAGCGAUACCGAUAAGGAAACCCAAUCAAGCCCACGAACAAAACCAUCACCUCGCCCGCGCCUCCGCACCAUCUGUUCCUCCCACAAUCAUUCGAGAGAAUGAAUUUGGUUAUGUCCAGCGACACGUUCGCAAGACAAGUAUUGACGAGCGACGACCUCCCAAGCGGCGAGCGGAUUGCUCUCCUCAGGUCCCUGCUGUCAACAGCAUAAUGAUACCGACCGACCCCGACUCAGAGGCGGCCCUCAAUCAGUAUUCAUUAGACCCACAGAUGCACCCACCCACCUUCCACCACACCUCCCAAGCCCAGGCGCCCUUCGCCAUCGACACGUUCCAGCUCAACGAGGACCCGAUAAUAAGCUCUGCCGGGCCCUUCCAACAGAAUUUUGGCUUUUCACCCGUCGGGUCGCCCCUGAUGAACCAAGCUACUUCCUACUCCAUAUACAACCCCAACUCCAUGGCUUCGUCCCUCAACUCUACCGACUACUACUCUCCUCCUAGUUCUGCCUUCCCGUCCACUGUGUCGACCCCACAGCCAAUGGCUGAGAAUGAUCAGAUGUACUUUGACCGGAAUGGCAUGGACAUACGGGGUCCUCACGGUGGUUCACAGUAUGGACCUCAUCGACCAUCAAACCUAUCAAACUCAAUGCAGCCUCAAUACAUCUUCAACCCCAGCGGCACGGGCGAGUCCAUGUUUAGUGCCGUAACGAAUGCCGGCGUUGCCCAGCCUUUCUCAGCGCCAUCUUAUGGUCCAUCUGGGCAUGUUGAUCCGUCCCAAGUGCUUCAUCACAGCAUUCCGACCGGGUCGCGACCAGACAACAUGCAAGUACCGCGACAUGAUAAUAUGUUCUCGUUCGGGGGCGACUCAGAUGGUGAAGAUGACGAUGGCGGUGCGUUUCCAGACCGAAACAUACCUUCACAAACAGACUACUCACCAAUGGACGACGGAUCACUAGACUUCAGUGCAGGCUUCCAGUGGGAGACAAACCUGUCGAAUCAAUUUAACCCAGUUCCGGCGCGAUAUCCGGCCGGACCCCCACGAAAGACGGUUACCAUUGGAGGAACCGAAAUGGUACCCUCACCGCAAGAUCAUUGGAGUCCGGGGGGCAGCCUUGGCCGAACGCAUGGUUCAGCAGCCUCCGUCAGCGACAUUCGAAAUCGUGGAAAUGACCCAAGACGACAAAAAAUACCCCGCACCUCCUCGACACCGAACGCGGCCGCCUUAGCUCUGCAAGGGAUGCACGGCCGACCGCAAUCGUCCCCUAACUCACCCCCUGAGUCCAGCUUCAGCUCAGCAGCUCCCUCUCGCCCACCCAGCCCCGGUGGCACAAAAUCGGGCGAGCAAAAUGGUGUCCCUACCACUUGCACAAACUGCUUCACUCAGACCACACCUCUUUGGAGGCGCAACCCAGAGGGACAUCCCCUCUGCAACGCUUGUGGUCUGUUUCUUAAGCUGCAUGGUGUGGUCCGUCCACUGUCGCUCAAGACAGACGUCAUUAAGAAACGUAAUCGUGGAAGCGGUAAUUCAGCUCCCGUUGGCUCGGCCUCGACCCGGUCGUCGAAGAAGUCAUCGCGCAAGAAUUCCCUGGCACAAACACCAGCCACGACACCAACGUCUGGCAAGGCGAGUGGCGCCGAUUCUGAAUCCCCAAAAUCAACAGGCUCUGUUGGUGCCGGAACGACCAGCGCAAAUUGCGCAAACCCUGUAUCAGGUGGCAUUCCGAGCGUGAAAUCUGGCGGUGUGGUCCCAAUUGCACCUGGCCCACCCAAACCACAACCUGCCAACGCAGCCAACUCGGCCCAGAAUCGCGGGGUCAACGUUGCACCGAAACGUAUGCGACGUCAGAGUAAGAGCGGCGUGCAAGAGCUCGAGAUGGGGGAUGCCGACGACACGAGUGGAAAAAUACCUUCAACCGCGAGAAGGAAAGAUUCUACAACACUUGUAUCCCCCAACUCAAUGCAGGGCCAGAACCUCGGCAGUCUUCCCAUGGGUGCGAUGGGCCAAGGGCUUACAGCAAGUGGACCACAGGAAUGGGAAUGGCUUACCAUGAGCUUGUGAUUGAGGAGUACUCGAAUUCGACUCCAGGCCCCCUCCUCCCUGUGAAUGGAACACCCAUUGAUUUCGACAAUGUAUUUUCUGGUUUCAAGAAGUGUGGUCUCCUUCCCGUAAACGGCCGCGCUUUGGACUUUCCAGUAUCGACAUCCUUUUCCUUCGGCACCCAAGGUUAGCAAUGAACGGAUUGUGUUUUAUGCUCUGAUCUUUCCCCGUUUCUCUCAACGCAUUCGGUGUUUGGAGUCAGCCCUGGAAUAAAGGCCCGGUUUGCAUGGCGCGAUCACAGAUUGUCUGUCCCUACAUUAUUACCACAGUAUUGCCGACAGUCCUCCCUGCCCUUGAUUCUUUCGGGCUUUGA